UUCAUGUUCCAGCGCUCGAGACGCAGCCACUGAGAGGAGAGGAGGCUCGCGCUCCUCGCUCCGUGGGAUAUUACCUGUGACCGGACGGCAUCACGCAGUUCACCCCUGAUCAUCACCACUUCGGCUGAGAGUUCCGGGGGUAGUUUUGUUUUGCGGGACACAAACUGAAUUUAAUGCUCUCAAGUGUUUGUUCGUUUAAUUUCAAUUUUUUCAAUCGCCGCUGGGUUUCAUGUGUUUUAUGUGUUUGCGCUCAACAGUGAGGUAGACUUUUUUUUGUUUGUUUGUUUUUUCUCGCGCGAGGGUCGGCGCGCGGUUGAUCCCGUGGAUGCGGCUGUUGGGGUCGGUGUCUUAGCCCUGCAGGAGCAGCCUGUCAUAGGGCAUCACGAUGUCUCUGGCUGUUCACAAGUGCAUGAGGAAUAUUUCUCCGGAGAUGCUGCCGCCGCCGCCGCUGCUGCUGCUGCCGCUGCUGGUGCCCAUUCUGUGGUUUUUACCUCUGACCGGAGCGGCUCCUUCUUCGACCACCGAGCAGCUGGACACCGGGGUGGACUGGCUGAGUAAGUUUGGCUACCUCCCACCCCCUGACCCAGUGACUGGUCAGCUUCAGACCAAGGAGGCCCUGACCAAAGCCAUCAAAGCCAUGCAAAAGUUCGGAGGGCUAAAGGAGACCGGAGUGUUUGACCAAGCCACACUGGGUCUAAUGAAAACGCCCAGAUGUUCCCUGCCAGAUGUUUCUGAGGCGGAGGUGACAAUGGGCCGCAGGAAACGAGGCCUGACUCCUCAGAACAAAUGGGAUAAAAGGCAUCUAUCCUGGAGAGUGAGGACAUUCCCUAAGGAUUCGGCCUUACUGGGCAGGGACACUGUUCGCGCCCUGAUGUACUACGCCUUGAAAGUCUGGAGUGACAUUGCGCCGCUGAACUUCCACGAGGUGGCAGGAAGUGAUGCAGACAUUCAAAUCGACUUCACUAAGGCCGACCACAAUGACGGGUAUCCCUUUGACGGGCCGGGCGGCACCGUGGCGCACGCGUUUUUCCCCGGCGAGAGGUUCACGGCUGGGGAUACGCACUUUGAUGAUGACGAGGCCUGGACCUUCAGAUCACCAGACUCUCACGGGAUGGAUCUGUUUGCGGUCGCAGUCCAUGAGUUCGGUCACGCCAUCGGCCUGGUCCACACUUCAGCCAUAGAGUCCAUCAUGAGGCCGUACUACCAGGGUCCUGUAGGAGACCCUCUGAAAUAUGACCUGCCCUACGAAGACAAGGUCCGCGUCUGGCAGCUUUAUGGUGUCAGAGACUCAGUGUCCCACACAAACCGACCAGGCAGCCCCGCCCAGACGGCUGAACCUCCCGUCCUGCUGGACCUUCCUGAAAACAGAUCCACUCUCCUUCUGGCGCGAGAUGCACCCGACAGAUGCACCAGUCACUUUGAUGCCGUGGCCCAAAUAAGAGGGGAGGCCUUCUUUUUCAAAGGAAGGUACUUCUGGCGGCUGACCCGUGAGAAGCACCUGGUGUCCCUGCACCCUGCGCAGAUCCAUCGCUUCUGGAGGGGCCUUCCACCCAAUCUGGACAGUGUGGAUGCUGUGUACGAGAGGCCAGGGGACCACAAGAUUGUCUUUUUCAAAGGUCUAAAGUACUGGGUAUUUAAGGAUAAUAAUGUAGAGGAGGGGUAUCCUCGUCCUAUCACCGACUUUGGUCUACCCUCGGACGGAGUGGAUGCAGCCUUUGUUUGGCUACAUAACGACAAAACCUACUUCUUCAAGGACAACCACUACUGGCGCUACGACGACCAUCUGAGACGUAUGGACCUGGGCUAUCCUAAAGACAGCACGUUGUGGAAGGGGCUGCCACCAAACCUGGAUGACGCCAUGAGGUGGUCUGAUGGCUCAUCCUAUUUCUUCAAGGGGAAGGAGUAUUGGCGAGUGCCUAGCAGCGACAUGGAGGUGGAGGCCGGUUUCCCCCGCCUCAUCGGUAAAGACUGGCUCCUGUGCACUGAGAUGCAGUCGGACUCUCCGGACGUGGAGCCCAAAAGCACGGAGACGAAAGGCAACGUGCACCAACACCCGGACCACGCAGAGAACGGAUACGAGGUGUGCUCCUGCACCUCGGACACCGCCUCACCUUUAGGUGCCCGCCCCUCCCCGUCUCCCGUGUGGCUGCUGCCACCUCUCUGGACGCUCUCACUGGCCUUCCGCUCUGAACUGCUAUGAUGACCAAGCCCGGGACAAGAAGAGUCUCAUCAAUCAAGAGACUCUUUGGUGGAGGGCCAGUGGACGCUAUGACAGUCUAAAUACAAACUGGAACAUUUUGUUCAUAUAAAUAUCAAUUGUUAUGUUUUUGCUAUUAUUUUGCUGUUAUUUAUUUCACAUGCCAUUUGAUGGUCAUCUAAAGCGCCUUGCAAUAUGGGUAGUACAUACAUACCUUAUCAUAUAAUCAUACUACAAUAUAUCAUGUAGCUAUCAAUCCACUGACAACUACAAUGGCACUCUGUAGAGCGCAUACCCCUGCCAAGGCACCCUUUAAUUCACUCAAGUCUUGAUGGCCCUGUAUCACUUCACAAUCACACCCAUUACAGCAUCAUAUUUCAUGAUUACUAGAUCUAGAUACCAGCCGCCUACAUAUGGUCAAUUUCUUUUCAUCAGGAUCCAUGCAUUAUGCCCUGAGAUAUUAACACAAAUGCCAAAAACCUCCUUAUCUUAUGAUAUUAAAGACAGUGAAAAAAAAAUGUCUGGAUCAGCACCAAAAGUUACUGGGGUCUGUUCUGGGCCGAGACCCAUCUUCAAUCCAAGUUUCAUGGAAAUCAACAAACCAACCAAGAAGCAAAUGGACACAGGUGAAAGCAUACCCUCCAUGGCAGAGGUAACAUCAAUGCUAGUAGAGUGUGUUACAACUUCAGUGACACAGAACCACAAGUUCUAUCCCUCAGUUUCCCCUUGAAUGGCUUAACUGUCUCAUUUUUGCAAGGGCGGUAGUUGCUCGGGACUGCUCAGAAAUAUGUUCGCAUGAUAUACAACAGCAGUCCCAACAGCACCCAUAAAAAUUGCUUUUUUUUCUUGUAGAAGAAGUUUACAGCAAUAAUGAAUGACAUCGUGGGAUGUAGACAGGUCCCUGGGGAAGUAUGUCGAUCGUCAACAGUUUAAUGGCUUCCGGAGAUGUUAACAGGUAGACAGGUGAACGACAAGAGUCACCAUUUCAAUUCAGCACGACAGGAGGAGUCGCCUGAAAGACUCAAACCAGGGCAAAGAAUGACACUCCAUAUAUUGAUACUGUAGUCAGACGGGUGACUGACAGCCCGGCAUGUAUCUCAGCAGACAGGUGAAGAGCACCCUGGGAUGUAGUGUAGAUAGAGAGGUGGGUUUACAGAUGAAUGGCCCCAUGGGAUGUUGACAAACAGACAAAUGAAUGGUUGGCGUGAAUGUCGACAGGUAAGAUGAAUGGCAGCCUGGGCUGUUAACAGGUAGACAGGCGAACACCAUCCAGUACAUGGGGCUCGCUGAGCUGCUGGGAGCUGAGGCCUAUUAGUGUCUCCAUUACGACAGACAGCUGAGCGCUUCUCAACGCCACUUUCCUUAACGCCAUUAGCUUAAAGCCCUUACCUGCACCUCCCACGCUACGCUGCUCAUGCGUCUCCAUGAAUUCAUCGCUGUCAGCCCCGCCUCAGAAGCAUUGCUCCGCCAUUAUCAGAUGCAGUAUUGGUUUUGUUGUAUCUUUUUGUAAUGAUGGAUAGAUUGUGAUUCCAUAUUGCUUUGAUCAGAUUAUAGUUCACAGGGCCUUUUUUUUUUUUCUCUCUCUCUCCUCACCGCCGGACGACCUCCCUCAUCGAAUCCAAGCUCCUUCUGGUGACGUCGGUACGCAGACCUCACCGCAUAGCGUUUCAGAUUUAUUCUUGCUGAUAUAUUUACCUACAGUUUAAAUAUAGACACAGAUAUAUUUGAGUUGAGACGUUCCAUGGUUAGUGCAAAAAAAACCAAGCGGACUGUGUAUAUUUCAAGGUGUGUUUUCUAAUGUAAAAUAUUUUUGUAGAAAAAUAAAAAGACUCUGAAUGACUCUGUGGGCUGACUGUGGUCACAUGAAUGUGUAUGUGGUGUGCUCGGUGUUCGGCUGCAACUGUGUAAUUAUUUAGUGUCAUUGAAAACAAGCCCGGGCUUGAAGACAGAUGAAGGUAGCAUGACAGCUUGCAGACACCAACUGGGGAGCUGCUCUCCAUCACUGAUGUUCUAUAAGCGGGGCUCCUCUUGUGAUGGUCACUGCUGUUCAUCGGGAAUACAAACCACGUCACGUCAACCACAGCACGCACCCUCGCUCAGACUCGGCCUCGUGAGCAGCUUUCGCCGGCACCCACACUUCUUUCAGGGGAGAGACAUCAAGAGAGGUAACGUUACG